AAAGUCAUUAUCCCAGGAUUUUUACAUGCCACAAUAGACAAGACUCAAGAGCCUGCCCUGUCUUCCCUAUCUUCCCAGUCUUCCGUACAGACCUAAUACUCUUUUCUUAAAGCUGUUGAAGCAUUAGCCUGGCGCCAUGCUGAGCAGCACCCUUCGGUCUUCGACCAGCCAGCUCCUUAGAGCUAGCUGUCGAACUUCAAGAUGCGCCACUCAAGCUUCGAGAUGUUACUCUCUUAGCUCCGCCCGCCGUCCGCUUGCCGUCGCCGCCCAGAAGAGGCAAUCCUCGACCACUUCCACUCCGUCUCCAAAUGACAACUUCUUGUCCGGUAAUACCGCGAAUUAUAUCGAUGAGAUGUACCUGCAAUGGAAGGAAAACCCGGAGAGUGUCCAUGUAUCAUGGCAGAUCUACUUCAAGAACAUGGAGAGUGGCGAUAUGCCUAUCCAGCAGGCCUUCACUCCUCCCCCAACUCUUGUACCCAGCGCAACAGGAGGUGUCGGACCAUCUGUAAGCUUGGGAGCCAGCCAGGGUUCUGAUGUGACGAACCAUUUAAAAGUCCAGUUAUUAGUUCGCGCAUACCAGGCCCGCGGCCACCAUAAGGCCAAUAUCGAUCCUCUUGGCAUCCGUAAUGAGCAAAAGGGAUUUACCAAUGUUAAGCCCAAGGAACUGUCCCUCGAACACUACCAAUUCACGGAGAAGGAUCUUGAUAAGGAGUUUUCACUUGGCCCUGGAAUCCUUCCUCGCUUUAAGCGUGAAGGCCGAGAAAAAAUGACUCUGCGCGAGAUCAUCGCCGCAUGCGAGAAGAUAUACUGCGGCUCAUAUGGUGUCGAAUUCAUUCAUAUCCCCGACAGAGCCAAGUGCGACUGGCUAAGAGAACGCGUCGAGGUUCCUCAGCCGUUCAAGUACUCAAUUGACGAGAAGCGCCGAAUUCUCGACCGCUUAAUCUGGAGUUCUAGUUUCGAGUCUUUCUUAGCCACCAAGUAUCCCAAUGACAAGCGAUUCGGCCUGGAAGGUUGCGAGACGCUCGUGCCUGGCAUGAAGGCACUCAUCGACCGAAGUGUCGACUACGGCGUAAAGGACAUCGUCAUUGGAAUGCCUCACCGUGGUCGUCUUAAUGUGCUCAGCAAUGUCGUCCGCAAGCCAAAUGAAUCCAUCUUCAGCGAAUUCGCGGGUACGGCUGGUGCCGAAGAUGAAGGAUCGGGCGAUGUCAAGUACCAUCUAGGAAUGAACUUUGAGCGACCUACGCCAUCCGGCAAGCGAGUGCAGCUUUCGCUGGUUGCCAAUCCCUCGCAUCUGGAGGCUGAAGACCCGGUUGUGUUAGGAAAGACCAGAGCUAUCCAGCAUUACAACAAUGACGAGUCGACACACCGAACUGCCAUGAGUGUGCUGUUGCACGGUGAUGCUGCUUUUGCCGCACAGGGUAUCGUAUACGAGUGUCUCGGUUUCCACUCCCUGCCGGCAUUCUCAACCGGUGGAACGAUCCAUUUAGUCGUGAACAACCAAAUCGGCUUCACUACCGAUCCCCGAUUUGCCCGCUCAACCGCGUACUGCACAGAUAUCGCCAAGGCCAUCGACGCACCCGUCUUCCAUGUCAACGCCGACGAUGUUGAGGCUGUUAAUUUCGUCUGUCAAUUAGCUGCGGAUUGGCGUGCUGAAUUUCAGUCGGAUGUCGUCAUUGAUCUUAUCUGCUACCGCAAGCACGGCCACAACGAGACUGAUCAGCCAUCCUUCACUCAGCCCUUGAUGUACAAGCGCAUUACCUCCAAGGAUCCCCAAAUCAACAUCUACGUCGACAAACUACUCCAGGAUGGUACAUUCACGAAGGAGGACGUCGAGGAGCACAAACAGUGGGUAUGGGGCAUGUUAGAAGAAAGCUUUACUAAGUCGAAAGACUACCAGCCAACAUCGAAGGAAUGGACCACCUCAGCUUGGAACGGCUUCAAGUCGCCCAAAGAAUUGGCGACCGAGGUAUUGCCGCACAUGUCAACAAACGUCGACCAGAAGACGUUGGAGCACAUUGGUGAGGUUAUCGGCUCUGCUCCCGAAGACUUCAAACUUCACCGUAACCUAAAGCGUAUUCUCCAGAACCGCACUAAGUCGGUCCUUGAGGGUAAGAACAUUGAUUGGUCGACUGCUGAAGCUCUCGCCUUCGGCUCGCUCGUCACCGAAGGUCACCACGUCCGUGUCUCUGGUCAGGAUGUUGAGAGAGGUACCUUCUCUCAGCGUCAUGCUGUCUUCCACGACCAAGAAAAUGAGAGCACGUACACCCCCUUACAGAACGUCAGCAAAGAUCAGGGCAAAUUUGUUAUCUCUAACUCUUCCUUGAGCGAGUACGGCGCUUUGGGUUUCGAGUAUGGUUACUCUCUGUCUUCUCCGAACGCAUUGGUCAUGUGGGAGGCUCAGUUUGGUGACUUUGCCAACAACGCACAAUGUGUCAUCGACCAGUUCAUCGCCUCCGGCGAGGUUAAGUGGAUGCAGCGAACCGGUUUAGUCAUGUCUCUUCCUCACGGUUAUGAUGGACAGGGUCCCGAGCAUUCUUCUGGACGUAUCGAGCGAUAUCUACAGCUCUGCAACGAAGACCCGCGCGUAUUCCCGGCACAGGAGAAGCUUGAUCGCCAGCACCAAGACUGCAAUAUGCAGAUUGCUUACAUGACAACUCCUGCUAACCUAUUCCACGUCCUUCGCCGACAGAUGCACCGACAAUUCCGAAAGCCUCUUAUCAUCUUCUUCUCCAAGUCGUUGUUGCGACACCCCUUGGCUCGUUCCAAUAUCGAGGAGUUUACGGGACCUAACGCCCAUUUCCAAUGGAUCAUCCCCGACCCCGAGCAUGAAGCUGGAACUAUCAAGUCUCCGGAAGAAAUUGACCGCGUCAUUCUAUGCACUGGUCAGGUAUGGGCAACGCUCCACAAGUACCGUGCCGACAACAAGAUCGACAACGUCGCAUUCACUCGAAUCGAACAACUCAACCCCUUCCCGUGGGAGCAACUCAGGGAGAACUUGGACAUGUACAAGAAUGCCAAGACCAUUGUCUGGUGUCAGGAGGAACCGCUCAAUGCCGGUGCAUGGAGCUUUACCCAGCCGCGUAUUGAGACUCUGCUGAACCACACGCAAUACCACGACCGCAAGCACGUCAUGUAUGCAGGACGAAACCCUUCGGCAUCUGUUGCCACUGGUCUCAAGGCUGCGCACAAGAAGGAAGAGGAAGACCUGCUGGAGAUGGCGUUCACUGUAUCGCAAGACAAGCUGAAGGGCGAGUAAAGGGAAGAGGGAAAAAAAGGCGAGCAUUUAUUCAUACGAGGACGGGGCAGGCAUUAGCUUUUCAUGAUGUUUCUUGUAUUUUAUCUUGUGUAUAACGCAGCCUCGGGGUCACAAAUCGAGGCUACAUAGACGGGUGGUGACUAAGGGUUUCCGAGCAGCGUAAUGCAUAUUUUCAUACCUUCAGGCCUAGCAUGGUGCACAUGCAACGCCGAGCAUUGUAAGUCUAAACG